GGAGUCCUUUCAACACCAGCAGUUGUAGUUGUAGGAUGAGGAGUAUGACAUUUUGUAGCUGAAAGCAGUUGAGAAACAGCAGCAGGGUAGGGUUGUUGGAUAGGGCGGUGUCCAAUCUUACACCCACACACGCGGCUGACUGAUGUGGUGUCCCAGGUCAGCAGCAGGGGGAGCAGAAGGAGCGCCGGCAGAGACCAGCGCAUCGUGGUGGCUUUAGAGCUUCUCGUAGGACGCUGUGCGGGUCAACGGCGAAGACGAAGAACACUGCUUCACCCCAAUGGUUCGGGUGUCUUUAUAUAAAUAAGUACUUAAGGGUAGGGGGUGCGACUGGAUCGGGGUAAAGGCACAGGAAGCAGAAACACUCAGAGUCACACUAACUCCCCUCCUCAUAUACACACUUUAAAACACCUGACACCACUGGGAAAUGACUAAUAUGAAAAGUCCAAGGGAAGCUGUUUAUCAUAUGUUAGAACGGAAGAUACGAUUUAGAAAUAUUAGAUGUAAUUUUGGUCCUGAUGAAUAAAAGGCAGUUUCCGAGAUCCGUCAGGAGGAAAGUAAUGAAGGAAAUUAAAGAAAGAAAGAAUUAAAAAGGGAAGGAAAGAAAGAAAGCAAAGAAAAAAGAGGGAAGGAAAGAUUGAAAGAAGAAAGAAAGAGGAAGCGAGAAAACCUAAAUAAAGAAAGAAAUUAAGAAAUAGACAAAGAAGAGAGAGAGAGAGAGAGAGAGAGAGAGAGAGAGAGAGAGAGAGAGAGAGAGAGAGAGAGAGAGAGAAGAAAGAAAAAAAGAGGCAGGGAAGCGGAACCGAGUUAAAUAAGUAAAUAAAGAAAGAAAGAAAUGCACAGAAAAAAAAGCAUAAUAAAGAAAUACAAAUAGCCUAUACGAAACGGACAAAGGACAGCCACCGGUACACCAUGAAAGCAACACAAAUGAACAACACAAACUGAGAAAUAAACAAAUAACCAAACAAAUAAACAAACACAUACAAAAAAAAGUCAAUGCAGGAAGCUAUAUACCGUUAAGGAAUGACAAGACCCACAAGUGCAUGUUAGUGGUGGCGGAGGGAGACCUACCGAGCUGUGCCUAGGUGGAAGAGAGAGAGAGAGAGAGAGAGAGAGAGAGAGAGAGAGAGAGAGAGAGAGAAGAGAGAGACAGACAGGUGGACAGGUAAAGUGGAAGAGAGUGCACGUGCGUUGUGGUGGAGGCGAGGAAGUGGACUCGUGAUAUGAAGUUGAAUAGUGGAGUGGAUGAGUUGUGGUGCCGGAUAAGUGGAUUUAUGCGUUUAUAGUAAAAAAUGGACGGCUAAUUAGGUACGCCGCAAAAAAGGAAGGAAAAAAAGAUACCUUGAAUAGUAGCAAAAAAAGAACUUCAUCAACAUCUAUACCACAAGAAACACACACACAGCCCACCACGAGACCAUUCCCAUUGCUCUUCCUCUGCUCGUGGGUGACAAGCGCUAAGGCCUCUGGGGGAGCGCACCGGGGGAGGCAUGGCGCUGGGGGAGGGGUCGCGUAAGGUGGGGGAGCCUUGCUGGAGCCACGCCCAGUGCAAACGAUCUGAGAAAAACUCCUACUGCUCCCACCUCGUCUGCGUUUGUGACAGCGAGUUCCACGACCACGAUGGGCAGUGCUCGAGGAACUACUGGGAGGACCUCGGGUUACAGAACUGGCAGCUGCUUACGAUAUCCCUGGUCAUCAUGCUGUUCUUCCUGGCUGUGUUCGUUGGCUGCCUCUACUACGUCUUUCUACGGAUUGUCAGGAAAUACAGAAGAACGCGACCAUCGGGAGACCCACCGCCGACUAAUAGCUUCCAAGUCAUCGGCGGCAGCAAGAAGAACAGCCUGGCGGAGGACUCGGCAGCACAGGACGUGAAGAAAGUGGAGAUGCGACAGUCCAUGAGAAGAAAGUCCCUGCGGAUAGAGAGAACGAGAUCACAGCUUCUACGGGAGAGGGAGAUCAUGGAGAGGGAGAGAGAGGAGCAACAGGAGGAGGAGGAGCGGAGGAUGAGGAGGAUGGCGAGGAUAAAGACGGUGACGGAGGUUGAUGUUGGUGAAGGUGGUGGUGAUGUUGUACCGGUCACCUCCAUCAGGCCCUUGACCAAGUUCAUUCUUCCCCUGCACUACAGUAACAACCAAGCAGGUGAGGGCGAGGAGCGAGGCAGGCAGAAGCGUAACCUGAGGCGCAACAGCAGCUUCGGAUCAUGGUCCCUCUCGUCGUGGGAGAUGGAGCCCCUCGAGGCGGGUCUGGACUGGUGGCCGAGGAGACAGUUCCGCCGGCCCAUCAACAAAGGAGAGGCAGCCAGCACCAGGCUGCCGCUGCUGCUCAGCGGAUCAGCCUCCGAGAGUGACGAGUCGGAGUGAACCUCCACUCACACCAAGGCAACAGCAUGCAUGACACAGCGACACACACACACACACACACACACACGUGCUAUCAUCUAGUGCCGUGCAGAUGCAGAGCUGUUGUUCUGAUACACUGAAGCCACAGAAGGCAUCAAGAAUAAGGCGAAGAAACGUGUUGCUGAAAGUGUAAGGCUUCGUGACCGGCACGGCUUACAAAGUCAACUCGGUGCUGACUCUUUUGUACUGACUUUCAACAACUGCAGGUGUGAUAUUCAGUUCGGCACUUGACCUUGUUUGAGUCAUUACAAGUGUCAAUAAAACUGUGUGAGGGACCAUUUGCAUUAUUCAUACAGAUGUCAAUAUCUUAAAGUCAGUGUGAAAUAGAUUAAGGGAAAUGAACGGAUCUUUGCAAAUGUAUAUUGUAAAUAAAUGCAAUAUUGUGACCA